CUCUUCUCCUCCUCGGGCCUGGUACCUGUUGCAGGUACCUUCCGGAUAAGCAGAACGUGGGAGUUCCCCACCCCUCCCCAGAGAAGGGCAGUGGGCCCCAUCCCAAGCUUCCCAACCCAGGACUUCCAUUUCCGGCAGAGGAGAAACGAAACAGGGAGCAGGCCUGGUCCAGCUCUGGCUCUCUGCCCCUCCACGUGCUCACGGCCUCUCCCAGCCUGGUGCUAAGCAGUGUCAUGAGUCUAGACCAGGUGGGAGAUUAACUCUUGGGUGUGGGAGCACUUCAGGGCGGGGAGAGGAAGGAAUGACAGGUCCAAGGUUACGGACAGAAGGGGGCAGCUGCCAUCCUGGACAGAUACCCUCGUCUUAAGAAUCAGUGACAGAGAGAGCCAGGAAGCCCCACUAGAAAAGACCAAGCCAAGGGGGGAGCCGGGCGCUCCUGGCCGGUGCCAAGCCCUGGCUUCAGCCCGCAGGCCCAGCUUCCCUGGCUCCUCCUCCCCCACCCCUGCCCCCGCCAGCCCCACAUGCACUUAAUACUUCUGGCACCCAGUCCACCCGCCACGGACUUUGGCCUUAGCUGUAGCUAGUGUGGGAGCCUGGGAAGACCUGGACCACAAGUUUCUCAAGCAAAACAAAAGGAGCAGCUUCAGGUGCUAUAGUACCUGCCAACAGCUUUCCUCUGAGGAGAGACUUCCAGCUAGGCAAGGAUCUGAGGGGUGAGGGCUGGAGGGCCAGCGUCGGCUAGACACGUCCCCCUGCCCAGCCUCGGCUGCCACCUGCAGGUCACCUGGGCUCCAGCCAUGUGGCUGCCUCUGCUGCUGGGUGUCUUGCUCUGGGCAGCGCUGUGGUUGCUCAGGGACCGGCAGUGCCUGCCAGCCAGCGAUGCUUGUAUCUUCAUCACCGGCUGUGACUCGGGCUUUGGGCGGCUCCUUGCUCUGAGGCUGGACCAGAGAGGCUUCCGAGUACUGGCCAGCUGCCUGACACCCUCGGGGGCAGAGGACCUCCAGCGGGUCGCCUCCUCCCGCCUCCACACCACCCUGCUGGAUGUCACAGAUCCCCAGAGCAUCCGGCAGGCAGUCAAGUGGGUGGAAACGCAUGUUGGGGAAGCAGGGCUUUUUGGUCUGGUGAAUAAUGCUGGUGUGGCUGGCAUCAUUGGUCCCACCCCAUGGCAGACGCGGGAGGACUUCCAGCGGGUGCUGAAUGUGAACACGCUGGGUCCCAUCGGGGUCACCCUCGCCCUGCUGCCCCUGCUGCUGCAGGCCCGGGGCCGAGUGAUCAACAUCACCAGUGUCCUUGGCCGCCUGGCAGCCAAUGGAGGGGGCUACUGCGUCUCCAAGUUUGGCCUGGAGGCCUUCUCUGACAGCCUGAGGCGAGACGUGGCUCCUUUUGGGGUACGGGUCUCUAUCGUGGAACCUGGCUUCUUCCGAACCCAUGUGACAAACCUGGAAACUUUGGAGGACACCCUGCAGGCCUGCUGGGCACGGCUGCCUCCAGCCACACAGGCCCUCUAUGGGGAGGCCUUCCUCACCAAAUACCUGAGAGUGCAGCAACGUAUCAUGAACAUGAUCUGUGACCCGGACCUGGCCAAGGUGAGCAGGUGCCUGGAGCAUGCCCUAACUGCCCGUCACCCCAGAACCCGCUACAGCCCAGGCUGGGAUGCCAAGCUGCUCUGGUUGCCAGCCUCCUACUUGCCAGCCAGCCUGGUGGAUGCUGUGCUCACCUGGGUCCUUCCCAAGCCUGCCCAGAUGGUCUACUAAAUCCAGCCCUCCAGCAAAAGAUGGUUGUUCAAGGCAAGGACUCUUGAUUUAUUCUGUCCCCUACCCUGGUACUGCCUGGUGUGUGGCAUAAAACAGUCACUCAAUAAAUGUGUAUUAUUCAAAACAAAAA